AUGAGAGCGUCUCCAACAAAGGGGUCCCCCACCAAUAACGUGUCCCCGACCUCCACCCCCGCCAAAUCUGCAGCCGCCGUGCCCACCCUAGUGCCGCCACCCGAAGAAGCCACUGAUUCUCUGUUGGAUCUGGACCCUCUGUCCUCCUCUGGUCCGUCAGCAGGAGCCUCAGCAGCCCCUAUGUCCUGGGGAGACCUCCUUGGAUCAGACCCCUUUGCCCCCCCCACUGGUAGCAGCUCAAAUGCAGUAGGCCCAGGGCUGGACCUGUUUGCCAUGAUGCCAAUGGAGAACAACUGCUUUAACUCAGUGGCGCCCCCUCCUGCCCCCUCAUCCACCAUCGCAGCACCCAUCCCCCCCACCACCCCAUCGAUAGACCUCUUCAGUGCUAUGUUUGAUUCAAUGCCAGAUCCAAGCUUCACCAAAGCAGACCCUGCCCCCAGUGUUGACAUGUUUGGAGCAGAUGCAUUCUCCUCCCCUGCCCCCUUCCUCUCCUCAGACCCCCCAACUGACAAGGGGGUGAUCAUGGACAUGUUUGGGGACUCCACCGGUGGAGAAACCCAACCUGCUGCACCUGCAGCUGCCUCUGGUGCUGAGCUGAUGGCAGCGUUUGAUGGUCUAGGGGAUGUGCUGAUGCCUGCCAUGACGCCCCAGACUGGGGCCGCCUCAUCUCCAGUUAAACAUAUGGGAGGGGACCUAGACGCCACCAUGGCUAACAUGGCUAGCAAUCUGGGAAUGGGGAGCCAAAAAACGGGGGAGAACACGAUGGGAAGUGGAGGCUGGUCAACUCCCCAGGUAGCUCCUCCAAGUUGGGGCGCUCCCAUGAACGUUCCAAUGGGAUCCCCUUCUUUUAUGGGGUCUUACCAAGGAUUCAGCAUGGGCGGGGCGGCCGGCGCUGGAGCUCCCAUGAUGCCCAUGGUUAGGCCAGGCUUUGGAGCCCCUGCAGCCCCAGGAGCACCGAUGGGAUCUCCAGGGAUGGCCGGGAGCCCGAGGAGGCCUCCGCCCCCCAAGAAUGCCCUGGAUGACCUCAACAUCAAGGACUUCAUGUAAACCCCUCUAACCCAUCCCUCUGAGAGGUUGUUGUUAUGUCUGGAGCUGUGGAUGUGGAUGUGUGCACCCCCGUCUCCCUCCUGUCACGCCCCAGCCCCUUCAGCCAAUCAACCAUCAGCACUAGGACCCCUGUCCUCUGACUUCCCCGUAACCUCUGUCUGCUGUUGUAGCAAAAGCUGUGGAUGUGAAUCAUAGACACAGAAAACUAAACUGUGUAUGAGUGUGUGUGUACUUCAAUGUUAUCCUUUACCUAAACUAAGAAAAAAAUGUACCAUAAAAAAUGAUAGUGUAUUUAGAUUUGUUCUGGAACUCCCACGUGUCAGCUGACUUGGAAUGGUGGAUCUGUGUUGAUUUUCUUGCGCGUUUCCCAGACGAGGAUUGUGUUGUUAACCGUGGACUGUGUUCGGUGUGUGUAAACCUCACUGGCCAAUCCCUGCCCUAUCCUCUCCCUCGCUAUCCAAUCAAAUUCUGUAUAUUGCUGUCUUUCUAACAUCAUUCAACACUUAGUUGUACUCCUCUCCAUUAAUUGAGCCACCCAGCCUCUGAGAACAGAUGCAGUAAUAUUGAAAUAUGUACAACUGUCACCACAAAUCUGGGAUUACGAGAUGACAAAUCAUACGACAAAAUGUUUUGUUUUUAUUUUGUCUAUUUUUUUAAUUGUGUGUUACAUGCAACAUUUGUGGACUAUGUUCAAAUUGACAUAUGCAUUUUAGAAUAUUUUUAAGUAUAGAUUAUACAUAUAUUUAUUUAAUCUUUAUUUUGAGAGAAAAUGUAUCAUAUAUUUUAGUUAUGUCUAUGAAUUCUAGGGUUUUAAAAAAUUCAAGCAGUUUCGAAAAAUAUCUCAUCUGUAUUUGGAGGCAGCACUGAAUGCAAACUCAGCCCCCAGUGUUUACUGUGGCUCUCCCUGUUGGUGUGGAGUGUUACUGCAUUUGACCAUGUCAAGUGAAGUUGAUCUAGGCUGCAUCCAAAUACUUUUAAAAAAAUCCUCAUUUACUUAACGGCCAA